AUGGGAAAGGUGUUGGAAACCAAAUUUUCAGAUGUGAGCCACCGUAUACUGAGGAAGCCUGUGAAAAGAGAUAAGUUUUCAGCAUCACAAUCUAGUACCAGUAAAAAUGAUGAUACAAAUCCAAAAAAGAGAAAAAUUUCAGGCAUAAAUGAUGAUGAUUCUCAUUUGCCCAACAAGUUGCAGAGAUUGUCCACAGAUAUAUUACCAGAAUCUCUGGACAUUGUCCAAACCGAAAUACAAGAUGAAAUGAAGGGAAAUGAAAUUGUUGUCAAUAAAAUAUAUGGAGAAAAGUGCUCUACUUCAGAUUAUGUUUACUUGAAAAUAGAAGACAACAGUUGUGAUCUGUUUCUGGAUGAUGAACUAAAGAAUAGUCAUGGAAACUUCAUUUUUAAAGAUUUAUAUUUUCACAUAAUGGAUGAAAUUUGCUUGGAAGGAUUGGAUGGAAUUACUAUUGAGGCUUUCUGGACCAGAUUAUUAGUAGUGUUAGAAGGAGUUUCGUCGAUAAGCGGUUUCAUGAAGGAAAACAUUUGGAAAAUAAUAAUGAGCAAGCACGAGGACCUGCAUUUCUAUGAGCUUCCUGAUCCCAGAAGGGAACUAGAAAUUUAUGACCGCCUGAAUUUUUAUAACUGGGACAUUGGAGUAGUAAUGGAAUUGGCAUUUGAGUUACCCGACAUCUAUCCCCAUAGCGUGGUAAAUGUUCCAAACGUUCAAGGAUCAUGUGCAAAUUUCAAUGAUAGGAUGGAUGUAUCGGCAACAGUAUUAGGGAUGCACCUCAAAGACAUAGAGAAAACAUACGGCAAUAAACUGGCGAUCGUAGCUCAGCAACAAUUGAGGACCCUCGCCCUUUCAGGCGAAUUCCCAGAUCCACAAAUCGAAAUGGCGAACAUCCAAUAUUGUAUCCUGGAAAGAAUAGGCAGAUCUAGAAAAUUGGGGGAAAUCACCCAAGGCAACAUGUCUUUGACUUCCGCUUUAAAGAUGGACUCGAAGUCUGUCUUCCACUAUAGGAGACAACUUUACUUGAACGGGCACAUAUCCAAGCAGUUUUUCUACGUCAAAUCUGCACUUACAGACCAGAACAAAUCGGGAAAAUUACUGCACCUGCGCAGGUUCUUCAACUUUUCGAAGACGAGAUACAUGAUGGUAGCGGACAAGGCUAUAAACAUUAUGAAGAAACAGCCUGGAUGUAUGAUGGAGGUGGGGAAAUUGAAGAGGAUGAUCGAGAGCACUGGUUCGCUGGUCGGUAAACUGUUCAAGACUGCGGAAUUUCGUAAAUAUGUGAAAACAGAUUCUUUUUAUCCAUACAGAUUCGUGUAUCCUAAUGCGAAGAAAUCGGAAUAUUUGAGAAAAUCCACCCGGACCGAAAAAAUGUUGAGAUGUUACGAAUUGAAGAACCCUCAUAUCAACAUAAUAGCCACAUGGAGCCAUGAAAAUGACGAUUCCGAUGAAGACGAAGAAGAGGAGGAAGAUAAGAUGAUCGGAAGCACGUUCAACAACAUGGAAUUUUUGAAGGAACUUUAUUACCACAUAUAUUCGAAGGGUGCCGCAGGAUGUUCUCUAUUUGAACUGAACAAAAUGGUUGGAGUCGAUAGGAACUCGUGUCGAAUGGCCCUUAAAAAAUUGACAUCCAAAGGUGUCAUAGGUGCUGAGAAAGUCGACAUAGGAAGACAACGGUCCAUGGUCUACAAAGCAAAAAGUUUGCAAAAGAGUGAACAAGUGGAUUCGCAACCAAUUGAAAGUUCUUCACACUCCACUUCUAGUAUAACAGCAAAAAUGAUUGAAAGGCAACGAGCUGCUAUAUUGAAAAACAAACAAAUCAAAGCAGAAGUUGGAGAUGAAAAGCAAAUUUCUUCGCUUAAUCAACUGGAAACACGACUACCUAAAAUGACUCCCAGGCUUAUCAAAGUACAAGCACCGCAAAUAAUGACUUGCCCAUUUUUAAUUCCGAAUUUCACACGACAACUCGAUCUAAAACAUGAGGCAACGCAGUUGAAUCUCACUUUCCCAAGAGAUUACAUCAACCUAACCUACAAAUUAUUCUCUACUAUUGGACGCUUCGACAUCAACAAAAUACUCAAAGAAAUAAUUCCUUCGAACCUGAAACCAGCCACUUUUACAAACUUCGAAGAUUUCUAUUCCUCCAAAAUGGAAUACGAUCCUAUAACAAAAAUAAUCCUACUGAAGGCAAUGUUUAGGGAAAUCACCGUGAAAGGCACCACGGCCUUGAAAAGCAGCGCGCGCAACCUGCCCUGCCGCAUCGCCAUCCCGAAGUCGAAGCGAUCCAUGACGUCAUCAGAGGUUAUGGGCGACCACCCGGUGCGAGUGUUCCACAAGCAAGAGAACGACGUGACCACGGAGAUCGUCGAGUCUACAGCCCCAUCGAGAGCGCAGGCGUCGGAGGGAGGUCCUCCCCAGAUGGAUUUCAUCUCGGAUAGAGUGGCGAGCAGGACACGUUUGGUGAUCGAUGAGGUCCACAAGAGGAGGGUGUUCGAGGAGCCACACAAGUUGUUGAGAAUCAUCCAGGAGGAGGAGAAGAAUGAGGGUUACGAAAAAAAGAUGGACAAAAAAUCGUUGAACAGAAUACUGAGAAGACUGGUCGAAGAAGGUUACAUUAAAAUAUACAGAAUAAACAUCUUUGACAGCAACAUAGCGAAAUCCCUCUCGUUCAUAUGUCAUCCAUCCAUAAGUCAUACUGAAGACCAGAUCCAGUCUGCCUGCCAACAAAUGAAAUGGAAAUACUUCAUAGGUUCGGUGAAGAAGACCGUGAAGCUGAACGUACCUGUGGUGAUAAAGAAAGUGGAAGAGAAAAUGAAAGACUCGCCUUUUUCCGAAUCGGACGUCAUGAACAGCAUCGAAGAAAUGAAGCGCUUGGAGAAGCUGAAGGUGGUCGAGUUGAGAAACAGGUACGCUAAGAAUGCAAGCGUGACGCACGGCGUGAAGCCAAAGUUCAUCCGCAUGCGCAUUGUGCACGAGUUCCUGUUCUAUCUGGUGUACGAACAGCGGCAGGAGGGGGUGGGGGAAGAACCUGUUCCGAAACGGGAGGUGGAAAAACUGUUCAAGGGCUACGGUAUCGAGAUAACGCAGGAGGAACUGGAGAAUCUACCGGCGGUGUACUGCAAAGAAAUCAGCUGGAAGAUGUUCAUACCGCCUUUGCCGCACCACAAAAGCUGGUCGGAGGGAUGGGCGCUGAUGUGCGACGUCAUCCUCCGGUUGCCCGUUUCAGUUCUUUGCAAGGUGCACAGCUGCAGCUUCCACUUGCCCGAGCUCACCGAGACCCUGCGGCAUCCCAUCAAAAGAUUCUAUUUAGUGAAAGAUCUGUCGGAGUCCAUCCGAAGUGUCACUUUGUUCAAGAGGAGGUAUCUCUUCAGCAUCCAUGAUUCCAUCACCAGGCUGGCCUACUGCGGCCUUGUGCAGUACGGCCCGAAAAAAUACAAGGAAAAAGACCAGUUCUUCAUCUAUUUGAAUCGGAAGGCUUCAUUGUUUGAUACUACGAGCAGUCGGCCCUCGUAUAAUUUGAUUGAAGACAAGAUGUAUCCCAGGAUGUCAUUCAAUUUCAGGAGUCAGACCGAUUUGGAGAACUAUUGGUACAAUUUGUACGGCAUAUGUAUGAAUACAAAACUGAAUGCCAGGAAAGAAGGACAGGUGGUAGUAUUGACCGAGAUUUCUGCUAAACCUGAACUGGAAAGAGCUAUGAAAUCGAGGACUUGUGAGGAGGCAAUAGCGAACGAUAAUGGAGACAUACCGGGCGACAAAAAAGGCGCAGCCUGUUUGGAUUCGGCCCUUUGGUCGCACAUGAAGCGAAACUGGUUUUGGGCGUCCAAAGUGCCCAGUAUCGAUAGUGCCUCGAUGGGCUUGAAGAAGGAAAGAAUGAAUAAGGUACUUCCAAAAGAAGUCCCAUUCAAGAACUUGGUCAACAAACCCAGCAAGAUCUUCCUGCACAAACCGCCCAAGGAUGUCCCACCGCCGAAGAAGCCCAAAAAGAUGAAACCCAAGCCGUUAAAACCAAGCAAAACAUUCAACCGGUUGACCAGAAAAAUACCAGAGAGAAAAACCACCGUCCGCAGACAGUAUUACGACAGCAUCGACAAGAUGAUUUUGAAGAAAAUCGGCACUAACCGGAGAGUGAGAUGGACUGCUGAGGAAGACAAGGCGUUGGUGUUGUGCAAGAUUGCCGAUUUGUUUUUGCAGAACGACAAGUACAAGAAGCAAAUCGUGCCUUACUGUGUAGUCCGAGAUGUUCUACAUAGGGUGUGUCCGGUGAGCAAAGGGAAGACGUCUAGGGCUGUUCAGAGGCGACUGAAAACCUUGCAUAAAGAGAGUUCCAUAUCGUUUUCCGAAUUGUACCAAAAUCUACUGCAAGUGCGACCUAUUUUCGAGUAUUACUCGAUAUUGGUCGAUAAAAUUUGGAAAGGCAACGAUGGACAAGAGUCGAUGCGGUUCAAUGAAACACAAAUCACGAACGUGUUCGUUAUUCUGAUGUCAUACGUACUCCGGCAUCAAGAUGAAGUUUUUGCAGUUUUACAAGGAAAUGUGAUCGAUAUCGAUCAUUUGUCGGAAAAUAAUUUGAAAUACACCGAGCAAGUUAUGGUCCCACAAGAAAAAUCGUCUCUCAAGUUCAAAGAUGCGACGAGUGAAGAUGAGAUCAAGGUGGAUGUGUUGAAAUCGGUUAUACACAGUUCCGUUGUGUGCGGAAAUAAUGCAACCAAAGCCUUGCAGUUACUGAGAGUGUACCAAAGGUACCCCGAUCAUUUAAUCAGGAAGGCCGUGGAUGAAUUGCGAAAAUCCAACACCAUAACGUACAACAAGUUCAGCAGCAAGCGAGACAAGCUCUGGCAGGGACCUUACCAUCUCUCCCAGCUGUAUAUUUUCUACCAAUUCACUACGUACAACAUCACCACAGGGGUAGAGAGUUACAGGACUUUUUUGGCACUAAGACCGAACUCGGAGUCGCGUAGCUCUCUGGAUUUCUCUGAAGAGGGCGUAUCUCGAAAGCGUUACGGCCAACUGUUGGGCAUGAACGAGUUCUUCACUUUUUGGAACAAUGUCUCUUUCCAUUUCGACCUGCCGCAGAACAUGAUCAUCCUGAAUCCCGAUAUGGCGAAUCGGGACGAGCUGGUGGCCGAGCUGGCCAGACGGUACCAGGCGAAGAUGCGCAAGGCGCAGCAGCACCAGGAAGGGGUGGAGGGCGAAGAGGGGGAGGCUGAUGUCGGAGCGGAC